CUGGGCGAAUUUGCGGAAGGGUGGACGGUUAGUUCGGUGUCCGUUCUGGGUAAAUGCUCAGGUUUAUUACUGCUGAGGCAGUGGCUGGGUGUUGAGUGUAGUGGACGCAGUGUCGAAUCUCCUCUUCCCUUCUGGUAGGGCUGCUGUUGCUAAGGUCCCGGAUCCAGGGUGUGGCCGGCAGAGGCAGAGCGAGACAGCGGCGCCGGAGCCAGUGGGGCGGAGGCAAUCAGCCGUGGCUGUUCGCGUCCCGUUACCAGCCAGCCAGCCUCUUGCUGCCGUCUGCCGUUAACCCCGCACAAGGUCGAGGCCAUGUGGGGUUACUGAGGGGGAACACGGGCAAGCGGUGGCUGGAAAGUCAGGGGCCAGGAGCGCUGUGGAGGGACCGGAAUCGCGGGAGCGGCUGCUUACCAGAUCUGUGUGUGGACAUUUUGAUACCAAGCAAGGAAAAUGAGUGAACUGGAACAGUUACGACAAGAAGCAGAGCAAUUGAGGAAUCAAAUUAAGGAUGCAAGGAAAGCUUGUGGUGAUUCAACCCUUGCUCAGAUCACAGCUGGUCUGGAUUCAGUGGGUCGAAUACAAAUGCGCACAAGGCGUACACUGAGGGGACACUUGGCUAAAAUAUAUGCCAUGCACUGGGGAUCAGACUCCAGACUUUUAGUCAGUGCCUCUCAGGAUGGAAAACUAAUCAUCUGGGACAGCUAUACAACUAAUAAAAUGCAUGCUAUCCCCUUGCGAUCUUCCUGGGUUAUGACAUGUGCUUAUGCUCCAUCUGGGAAUUUUGUUGCCUGUGGUGGACUAGACAACAUCUGUUCAAUUUAUAGCUUGAAGACUAGAGAGGGUAACGUUCGAGUAAGCAGGGAACUGCCGGGGCACACAGGUUAUUUAUCAUGUUGUCGCUUUCUGGAUGACAAUCAGAUUGUUACAAGUUCAGGAGACACAAGUUGUGCUUUAUGGGACAUUGAAACAGGCCAUCAAACCACAACAUUUACAGGACAUACUGGAGAUGUCAUGAGUCUCACAUUAAGUCCUGAUAUGAAGAUUUUUGUUUCUGGUGCUUGUGAUGCUUCUGCCAAACUCUGGGAUAUUCGAGAUGGAAUGUGUCGACAGUCAUUCAUAGGGCACGUAUCAGAUAUUAAUGCAGUUUGCUUUUUCCCCAAUGGAAAUGCAUUUGCCACUGGGUCAGAUGAUGCUACCUGCAGACUGUUUGAUCUCCGAGCUGAUCAGGAACUCAUGAUGUACUCGCAUGAUAAUAUUAUCUGUGGGAUUACAUCAGUUGCAUUUUCCAAAAGUGGACGCCUCCUGCUUGCAGGCUAUGAUGACUUUAAUUGCAAUGUUUGGGACUCUUUAAAAGGAGAUCGUGCAGGAGUACUUGCUGGACAUGACAACCGUGUCAGCUGUUUAGGCAUCACUGAUGAUGGAAUGGCUGUAGCAACAGGAUCAUGGGACAGUUUUCUGAAAAUCUGGAAUUGAGGUAGUCACCCGUUCAUUUGGACUACCUAUGCUGCAACCAACAGCUUUAAAAUAAUAUUCUUUUUAUCAAGUAUUUGCAAGUGACGUUUUUCUAUCACUGAAUACAAUUGUAUAACACAAGGCUUAUGUAAAGUAGGCAUAUCUAAUGAAGAGGAAAAAAACCUGACAGCUGUUAACUCUGAGGCUGGCACGUUAUCAUGGUGACUAGGGAAAUAUUUCAAACUAACCAUUGUUUAGUUUUAAUGACUGCAUUGUUUGGAGCAUUUUUUUUGCUCAGCUGCUAAUCUGUAUUGUUUUGUACAGAACGUGCACGUUACAGCAGCUAAUCAUGUAACAUUCGUCUGUGUAAAGAAAGAUCACAUUUUUAAAGCUAAAUUUCUAGCCUGUAUUUAUCAGAUCACAUUGAACUCAGUGAUAAAUUGAUUGCGGUUGAGAUUUUUCUCUUGUGAAUUAACUUAUUGUGAAAGAUUUAACUUUGGUCAUGUACACACACGUGCUUGAUUUUUUUUUGCAGCACUUUUUAAUUAUACAGAACAUUCCAUUGAUUAUUUAUGUUUGCAAUAGGCACUGCUUAACAUGGCUAUGUACAGAAGCAGGAUCUAUCAUGUCAAACUAAAUGCUGUUGCAAAUUUAAAAGAAAAUACAUACUCAAUAACCCUUCAUCAUUGUAACACCCUCCAAAUGAUUUGCACCCAGAACAUGUAAUGCAUUCUUAUUUCUUUGUACCAGUGCCUGUCCUAUCUGUGAACCCUGCCAUUCACUCUUGCCUUCAUUUGCGUUGACAGGGAUGUCAUUUCAUGGAUCAGCACCAGUAUAUCACUCAAGGCUUUUAUCUGCACCUACCUGUGCAAAGAUUGGCCAUAAACUGUUUAUAUCACAAUUUAGUCAAAUGACUAUCAUUUUGUGCACUUUCUAAUAGAUAUCCCACGUUCUUGACUAGGGCAGGAUUUAUUGGAUUUAUUAUAUUCUCUUGUGCAUGCCCACAUGCCUGCUAUUCAAAGGUCAGUUAAAAUACAGAAUGAGCAACUGUAGCUGGUGCCUUCCUAACUCAUCUGACUUGGUGUCAUACAAUGCAUUUAGCUGCUGGACCGUUUUGCUUGAAAUUAACAUUCAUGAUAAGGGGGAGAAAUCUUUCUGAUUCAGUAACUAUGUGCACUAUUUUAACCUGAAAUUCAAUUUACAGUAUGUAAACCUAAAUGGCCUUUAUCUAAAGUACUUAUUACUGUAAUGUGAGUUUUAAAAAAGGUAGUGUUUGUAAAUGGAAAAAUAACCAAAUCAUUUAGCAUUAGUAACUAUGAGACUCGUUACAUAAUAUAAAAUGUAUAAUGCAUAGUUUACAUGGUGAUUAUUGAAAUUAAGUUUUGAUUUUGGUCUGUCUUGGGUUAUAUUGGGUUGCACAAAUCCAUGUUGAUUUUAAUGCAGCUUCAGAAUGUUAUGACUAACCUCCCCAGUGGUGUCAACUACUCUUUGGUGUAAUAUAUGCCCUUAAAUUCAGUGUUCACAUUGUGCCCACAGCAGGUUUGUAGAACUCAAUUUAAUGGCAGUCAGAAUUUUAACUAAUAAUCAAUACAAGUAGAGUUUAUGUCAGCUUCACUUUCCACCUUCCACCACCCCCCCGCCCCACCCAUCCCAAGGACAGUGGCUUUGGUGGAAAAAUAAGUGUUGUUUUCCUUAAAACAAAAACAUGCACUGAUCAGUACUUUGCAAUUUGUUAAAGUAAUUCCAGUAUGACUUUGGAGAUUUAAAAAUUUUCAUUGCCUCCAAAGCAAUCCCAUUUUUGAGUUGAACAUAAGACCAUAAGAUAAAGGAGCAGAAGUAGGCCGUUCGGCUCAUCGAGUCUGCUCUGCCAUUUUAUCAUGCCCAGACUAUUAUUACAAUCCUGAAAUCAAGAUGUAAAAAGGUGAAUACACACAUGUAUACAAGUACUAGCAUGAAGUUUGAUCUUAAAAGGAUGGCACUAAGCAAUUUAGAUGGAGUGGUUUUAAUUUCUGGACUGCACAUUGUGCUAUAAUUAGUCUUGAGUGUUGAACUUGAGCUACUUUUUGCUACUUGGAUUUUCAAAAUGUUUUAUUGAUUUUAAUCAGCCAUUCUUUGAAAUAAACUGUAUUCAUUCAAUCCUAUUCCAACUGUCCAUUUAAAAUCAAUGUUAAUGGAUUAAUCAGCCAAGCCUAGACCUUCUGAUUUUGCAGUCUGCUAAAUAUCAAAAACAAUUGAAGAUUGCUUGGCCUAACCUGUCUGUGGUGUGCUGUUGCUAUAUACAGGAUUUUCUCAUCCCUUUUGAAUUUCAGAUCAAUAGAUUUUCAAGUAUGGAAGCUGACUUGGUUCAGAAUGUUGUUCUAUUUGGAUCAUGUUAAGCUAAUAUUUGAAAUAUUGGAAAAAGAUUCAGUAUGCAUUGCCCAUGAAGAUAUCCACUUGGAAGUGGAAGCCUGAACUUAUACUUCAAAUGCAAUGCAUAGAGUUCAAAUUAUCCCCUCAAAUGCAUUGCUUCUGACAAAGGAGCCUGAAGAAUGAAGAUAAAAUGUGAUUUGUUAGAGUCAAUCCAAUAAAAAGCUUGCACCUUUGUGUUGGGAUAUUUGUACUAUAAACUAUGGAGAAUAUAAAUACACUUGUGUAAUUUGCUGUCAUAUUCAGUAUUAGAAUCAUAGUCUAAAGCGGAACCAUUUUUCAGCCUGUGCAAAUAGCUUUACAUAAUGUUACUUGAACUGGUUACAGUAUUAACACCAAUUUUGUAAUACUGUAUUGUCUUUUGUAUUCAAUUCUGCAGCCAAUAAAACCAGCAGUUGUGCUAUGUUUUCUUCUAAUGUACUGUUAUAAAACAUUAACUGAUCUGCACUAGGUGUAUCUUUAUUUAUAGUGAUUCUACAUUAAUAAUUCCUUUUUGUAUAUGUACAGUGGUUCUGUGAAACUAAUGUGAUAAAUUCAUUGUAACCAAUAAAAAUGCUUUUA